AUAAUUUAUAUGGUUAAUAAUCAACUGUUUGUAACUGUGUUAAUAUUUUAUCUUUAAUCAAAAAGGAUAUUUAUAGGCACUUACAUUUUACAAUGCAUAUAAAGUCAAUGGUGAUUGAUGGAUUCAAAUCAUAUGGCCAAAGAACUGAAAUCAAUGGCUUUGAUCCUUUAUUUAAUGCAAUUACAGGAUUGAAUGGGAGUGGAAAGUCAAACAUUUUGGAUGCAAUUUGUUUUUUGCUUGGAAUAACAAACUUAACUCAGGUACGAGCCACAAAUUUGCAAGAACUAGUUUACAAGAAUGGACAAGCAGGUGUUACAAAGGCAACUGUAUCAAUAACAUUUGAUAACAACAACAAAAAACAGAGUCCUUUGGGUUAUGAACAGUAUGAUGAAAUAACUAUAACACGCCAAGUAGUGAUUGGUGGUCGAAAUAAGUAUCUCAUCAAUGGAUGCAAUGCAAAUAAUACUAGAGUUCAGGACCUUUUUCGCUCUGUACAAUUAAAUGUGAACAACCCACACUUUCUGAUCAUGCAGGGACGUAUCACCAAAGUACUUAACAUGAAACCUCCAGAGAUUUUAUCUAUGAUUGAAGAAGCAGCUGGUACCAGGAUGUAUGAAAGCAAAAAACAGUCAGCAGAAAAAACAAUUGAGAAAAAAGAUGCCAAGCUGAAAGAGAUUGACACUAUAUUGAAUGAAGAGAUUACCCCCACUCUGACCCGCUUGAAAACUGAGCGUCAGGCUUAUAUGGAAUACACAAAAGUUGUACGAGAAUUGGAACAUUUGACAAAGCUCUAUAUAGCUUGGCAGUUUGUUGAAACACAGGAACUGUGUCAAAAAUCAGCAGAGACUCUGAAGGAGAUGAAAGAAAAUAUCACAUCUCACCAGAAUCAUAUUGUACAAGUAGAAAAGAAUGUUAAAGAAUUAGAUCAACAUAUUAAUGAAUUGGAAAAGCAAAAAGAUGAGGAAGCCGGAGGAAAACUUUUGAAGUUGGAAGAAGCACUUAAAGAAAAGCAGAUGUCUGAGGCAAAAUCUAACAGUGAUCUUCAGUACAAGAAAGACUGUCUGAAGGAAGAAAACAAGAAAAAAAAAGAUCUGCAGAAAAACCUCGAUGAGGAUGCUGCAACAACUGUAAGCAAAGAAAAACAACUUCAAAAACUGGUAUGCCAGUUAGAGAAACUGCAACAGGAUAGCAAAGUUGACAGUGAAGCUUUGACUGCAGCCCAGAAGCAUUUCCAAGCUGUGAGUGCUGGUCUUUCUAGUAAUGAAGAUGGUGAAGAGGCAACUUUAGCUGACCAGUUGAUGACUGCAAAAAAUGACAUUGCCAAUGCUGACACAGAAACUAAACAAGCAGAAAUGAAACUGAAGCAUGCAGAAGGAGAGAUCAAGAAGAAACAAACAGAUUGUAAAAAGACUGAGAAAGAAUACCAGAAAGAUCAAGGAUCCUACCAAGCUCUGGAAAAAGAACUGAAUAAGAUAAAGGUGGAAAUGGAUACACUAGAAUAUGAAGAUGGUAAAGAAGAGAAUUUGCUGGCAGAGAAACGCCUGGUGGCUAAAGAUGUAGACAACUUGAAGGAAAAAGUAGAAAAUCUUGAGGCAAAAUUUCCUAAUUUGACUUUUGAAUACAAAGAUCCAGAGAAGAAUUUUAACCGACAUCAGGUUCAUGGCUUAGUUUGUCACUUGGUUAAGGUGAAGGAUCCAAAAACAUCAACAGCUUUACAGGUCACUGCUGGAGGAAAGUUGUAUAAUAUUGUGGUGGAAAGUGAAGUAGUUGGGAAAAAGUUGUUGGAGAAGGGCCAACUGAAACGAAGAUACACUAUAAUUCCACUGAACAAGAUAAUGGGCCAGUGUAUUGACAAUAAUACACUAAAGAAGGCAGAAGCUUUGGUUGGCAAGGAAAAUGUUCAUACAGCACUCUCUUUGGUUGGCUAUGAGAAAGAAGUGGAAGCUGCAAUGAAAUAUGUGUUUGGAAGCACCUUAGUUUGCCCUAGCAUGAACACAGCAAAAGAGGUUACUUUUGCAGAAGGAAUCAAGAAGCGGACUGUCACGCUAGAUGGUGAGGUGUUUGAUCCAUCGGGUACUUUAUCUGGAGGUGCCAUGCCCCAGAGCAGUAGUGUUUUGCUUCAUUUGAUACAGCUAAAAGAAUUUCAGGAUGAACUAAAUACUAAACAGAAACAACUUCAGGAAAUUGAAAAAGAAGUCUCUUCUUUGAAGAAAGUAGCCGACAAGUACCGAAGCUUGAAGCAACGAUAUGAUCUUAAACAACAUGAGAUGGAGCUUUUAAAGUCCAGGCUACAACAAAGUACUCACCAUCAACAGCUUGAAGAAUUGCAGAGGUUCCAGAAGUUAGUUGAGGAAGAACAAACAACAGUUACAAAGUGUCUUGAAGUCAAAAAGAAGGCUCAAGAACGGGUGAAAGACUUGGAAAUUAAGAUUAAAGAUGCAAAAGCUGUAAGGGAGCAAGAGCUUCGAGCAGCAGAAGAAGCUAUCAGUAAGUGUAAGAAAAAGGCAGGGGAAUCAAGCAAAUUAACCAAAGAAAAGGAACAGGAAGCUGAAAGUUUAAAGCUGGAAGUGGAGGAGCUACAGAAAGGUUUGUCUACAUAUACUGAACAAAUGAAAGCUAUCGAUGAUGCUAUCCAAGGGUAUGAAAAACAGGCUGAGGCAUUAGGUGAUACACUGAAGGAGAAAAAGGCUGAGGUUGCAGCAGCAAUGCAAGAAGUUAAAGCUCAGAAAGCACAUCUGAAGGCCCAAAGUGAAGAAAUAGGAAGGCUUCAAAAGGAGAGGGAAGCCUUGAGGAAGGACAUUGAUGAUAAGAAGUUGCAUAUUCAACAAUUAGAGCAUGAUGUCAAUAAAACAAACAAAGAAACUAAAGAAGCAACACAAAAGGUUCAACAAAUGAUUGUGAAGUAUGAAUGGAUAGAACAAGAAAAGCAAUAUUUUGGGGUCUCGAACACAGAGUAUGAUUUUGUUGCCAAUGAUCCGAAGGAAGCUGGCCGCAGGAUACAGAAACUUCAAGAAACCAAGGAUAAGCUGGGGAAAAAUGUCAAUAUGAGAGCACACAAUAUGAUGAAUAAAGCUGAAGAACAGUACCAAGAUUUGUUACGGAAAAAACGAAUAGUAGAGAACGAUAAGUCCAAGAUUGCUGCAGUAAUCAAAGAGCUUGAUGAGAAGAAGAACCAAGCCUUGAGGGAAGCAUGGGAAAAAGUGAAUAAGGAUUUUGGUUCCAUAUUUUCCAUGCUUUUACCUGGAACCAAUGCUAAGCUGAUUCCUCCAGAAGGAAAGUCAGUUUUGGAUGGUUUGGAAGUGAAAGUGGCUUUUGGAGAUGUGUGGAAGGAAUCACUGAAUGAACUCAGUGGAGGGCAGAGGUCUUUGGUAGCUCUGUCUUUGAUUCUGUCCCUACUGCUGUUUAAGCCAGCUCCCAUCUACAUUCUGGAUGAGGUGGAUGCUGCACUGGACCUUUCUCACACUCAAAACAUUGGUCAGAUGCUGAGAAGCCACUUCAAACAUUCACAGUUUAUCAUCGUGUCACUAAAAGAUGGGAUGUUCAACAACGCCAAUGUGCUUUUCAAGACCAAAUUUAUUGAUGGAUCAUCAACGGUGAACCGCUUUGCCCAACAGCGAUCAUCAGGACCUUCUAGAAAGUAAAAUAAGUCGAAAGUUUAUAUAAUUCAACCUUCAAACAAUUUAUAGUAUAAAGCAUUAAAUAUCUUACUGUCAGAUUUCUAUCUUCAGUAUUCCAGCCAAUAAAAUUGCUCUGGAGAUUAUGUUUGAAAAAGUAUAAUGUUUCUUCAGCCAGCUCUAUAACUUGUGUUAUAACUGAAGGAUUUUUUAUCUAUUAUCUUAUUAGUACAAUAUAAAUUUUCUUUUUAUCCUUGAAGAAAAAGUACAAUGCAUGACUUUUUGUGUUAAAGAAGUUUUAUUUUUGUCCUAGAAAGAUAUUAGAUAUGAUGGAAAUCUUGAAUAUAAUCAUUUUUUUGUGGCUAGGGGUUGGGUGAAACAGCUGACUUAAUAAAAAGUAUGCACUAACCCUUUUGUGACAGUCAACUUUCAGUGGUAACAUAAAAGGUUUUCUUCUUCUUUAGUACAAGUAUGUGUAAAUAUGAUGGAUAAAUACAGCUUUGGACUUAUUUUUUUACAAUGUGGAAAAAUACUUGAACUUAUAUAGAUCACUAGAAAUCAUCUCAUUUUUUGUAAUAAUAUUACCCAUUUAUAGUUUUAAAAUGAAAUGUACAGUU